AUGCGAUACGAGAUAAAUGGAAUAGAAAUUCAGAAAUUGAAAUCACCCGGAGUGUCGUCUAGUUUGAAAGCUUACUGUUCGUAUACUCCGAACGAUUUGAAUGCGCUAGAGAACUUGGCUUGGGACUCGGAAAUGGAUAGUGAAGAUAAUAAAAAUUUUAUGACCAACAAUGUAUUUUCUGGAUGUAUUCCACUAAAACAUUUAUUUGGGUUUUGCGAAGAUUAUAAGAAAAUAUUACUCAAUUGCAAUCAGCAACUGAUUUUGAAUCGCGCAUCUAGCGACCUCGAUGCGAUACAUGUUGUGGGCGAAGGCGCAACAGCCGACGUCGAUAAAAAUAAAAAAAAUCACAAUAAGACUAAGGUGACUUGGAAGAUGCCUAUUAUCAAAGUCARUGAUAAAGAAAAAUUAAAGUUAUUGAAAGAAUUAGAUUCUCGUACAACACUGUCGUGUGCGUUCAGGACCUGGGAUCUAUGCGAGUAUCCAGUGCUCCCUAGAAACACUUCUCAUUCGUGGACUGUAAAGUCUAGCAGUUURCUCGAAAAACCAAGAUUUGUGUUGUUUGGAUUACAAACAAGUAGAAAAAACAAUAUCGAAACCGACGCUGGGCGGUUUGAUCACUGUCAACUAAAAAAUCUUAAGGUACACUUGAAYUCCGAAGUGUAUCCAUAUGAAGACUUUCGAGCCGAUUUUAAAAAUAAUACCACCAGCAUACUCUACAAAGCUUAUACAGACUUUCAAAAAUCGUAUUACGAAAGAGAUUAUUGA